AUGCCCGCCUUCAUGCCGCCCGCCGCAGACGCGGCAGGGCGGUGGGGCGACGCCGAGGCCCGAGCGCAGACUUCCGUGGGCGAGGUCGCGGAAGGCAGGGCAAGCGAAGAAUGGAGAGCGCCCUCUGCUGCUUGGCAGCGGUUCGGCGUGGAGGCGACUCCAGCGCCCUCAGCGUCGUCUGCUCCGUCAGUCUCCCUGUCGUCCUCGCCUGCACUGGCUUCUUCUUUCUCUUCGCCGCAGGGCGGCGGGGCGCGGCCCGGCCCGACGGCGGGCCCCGCGGGCCAGAAACCCGCGGCUGGGGCGCAGGGGAGCGAGGCAGGGUGGUCAGAAGACCAGGCGAACCGAGAGAAGUCGGCGGGAGAGAAGGCAGACGCGAAACCCCGUCAGACUUGUUUCACCGAUCCGCGCCUCGCUCGAGCCAAACAAGCUGCGAAAAACCAGACUUCUGAGGACGACGGGGAGGGGGGCCCCCCCAGGGGCGAUUUGCCCGCCUCAACGCAGGCGGCUGAAGCUCCGUCUUCGGUUUCCUCGUCGCGCGCUCUGCCUUCUUUCUCUUCCGCCCCGUUCGUCUCCACGCCUCCUUCCGUUCUUUCUUCGCCUUCUGUCACCUUCAGCCGGGAGCAGCUGCUUGGCGGCGUCUCCAUCAAGCGCCCAAAGAAGAAAUCCGCGCCGCCGUCGCUGUCGACGCCUCCGCUCAGGGAGGCUGGGGCGAGCGUGGCGAGCGCCUCCGGGGCUGCUGCGAGCCUCUCGCUGCCGCCGGCGUCCGCCGCCAAAGCUGCGGACGCCGCAGCGCCGUCUCGCGUUUCGUCGCAACCCCCUUCUGCGUCUGGUGCUCCCUGUGUGAGCGGCGAACAGCCAUGCUCUACGCACGCCUGCUGCUUGUCAUGGCGUCUGCCUUGUCGAGGCGUUGCUGCGCCCUGCGCGUCCGCCUCGCCUCCGGUUUCUGUUUCUUUUCUGUCUCCGUCGCUAGCUCGUCCUCUGCAGCGAAGCGGCGGCUUGGCGACGGGCGGCGACGGGAGAGAGGGCCGCGGCCGCGAGACCGCUCAGAAGCGCGCGCAGCGCGAUUCGCAGGUCGCCGCGUUUCUGCAGCGCUUGCAGGCCGGCGACUUCGUGCAGGGCGAGCAAGUCUCCGGAGACUUCCACGCGAGCUCUGGCGGCUCAACUGACGAGGACGAGGAGGCCCUGGAGCGCACAUCCUCGCAGGCCUGCGCGGAUGGCGAAGGGGCGCGAAGCUCUCUUCGCAGACUGGAGGCACCCGAGAGCCAGGAGACAGGCCGAGGGGACACGGCGAGCGCCCUGAAACAGACUCCAAAGGACCGCGCCGCGCUCGCGGACGACGCGCGGGUGAAGGUGCGGGAAGGCAGCGCGACGAGCGACGCAGACGCCGAGCAGACAGCCACUCGAGAGCGACAGGAAGCGGAAGAAGACGCACCGAACGGGAAGGACCUGCAGGCCUCGCAGCGCGCUCAGGAGACCGAGAGCGACUGGUCCUGGUCGCUCUCUUCUUUCUCUGAGAUGUCGGAGGCGGAGGAGACGGCGCGCGCCUCUGGCGGCUCUUCGCGCUCCGCGAGGCCGCAGACUCUGGAAGAAGAAAACAGUCUCCUGUUUCGCGCGGCGGCCCACGCCGCGUUGGAGCUCGGAGCUCUCUCCGCGCCGAAACUUCGAAAAAAAGAGAAAGUGAAACACGCAGACAAGGGUGCCUCGUCCUCGCUCGCUCCACGAGGAGGGAAGCCCCCGAAGAACAACGAGGAGGAGGCGAAGCGAGGCAACAAGAGGCCCGCGCGCCCCUCCGCGCGUUCAGCGGCUUGGACUUCUCACGAAGCGGAGACACACCAGGUUCUCUUGAAUGCGUGCCUGCCCUGUGAUGUGCCGCCGCCUCCCUUCCUGCCGGUCUCUCCCUCGUCGCCUGCGUCCCUUUCGCCCGCCCCCGCGGGGGCUCCCGGAGCCGGCGCGAAGCACCCGCGAAGGGGACUGUCUCUUCUGACCCGGCUCCAUGCCGCGGCGCGUCGGGCGCGACGUCUGGGGCGCGAGGCCGACGCCGCGACCGCGGCCGCGGCGACGGCAGUCGCCAGCGGCAUCGGGAGGAUCCGCAGCUACUUGCUCGCGAGUGACGCCGAGAGCAAAGAGGUCGAAGAGAGCACCGUCGGGGGCGCUGCGACAGGCUCAGCCGAAAGGCUCUUGAAAGGAAGCUUACUCGCCGCUGAGGAGCCGCUCUGCGCCGCGGAAGUUCUGGGGGGCAUGAGGAAGGCUCGCGACCUCUUUCCACGGGGGCACGCAGGGCGAAAGCGCCCCAGAGAGGGACUGGGGAAGCGGCCCACGCGGUCGGAGGCGGCGAGCCCCGGCGGAAAGUGCAGAGAGACGGGCGGGGGGCAGGAGGCAGAGUGGAGCCCGACGCCGGCUCCAGCGGAAAAUCACGCGAGCGAGGGCGAGGAAGCCGACGCGCAGCACUGGAGUCAGUGUCUCGAAUCUGAGCCGAAAGCAAGCAAGCUGAGGACCUCGCUCGUGGAGAAGGACGACGACUCAACGCGCAGCGACGACGAGGCCUCACGGCCCCCGCGCACUCUGUCGCCUUCGCAGACGUGUUCGGAUCCGUACGAGACGGUUGACGCGGGAUGCCCUGGGAUCUUCCUCCCGACGCACUCCCUCGAAUUCCCGGCGCUCCCCUCUUCGUCUGGCGCGGCUGACAUCGCCUCUUCCGUCGCGCAGUUAUCCACUCGCUCUCUCGCGGCCGCCGGCACCGAAGCCGGCGUCCUCGCGCUCUUCGACGUCGCGCACCCUUCCGCCUCGCGCUUCGUCUCCCUCUCUGCAUCUCCGCCGUGUAUCAGCCCUUCUUCCACGCGGCGCCCGCAGGCUUUUGAGGGCGAGGCAGGGGGAGAGAGGCUCGGCGCGAGCGAGGCUGGAGGCGCACGGAGCGACGGCAUUGCGUGUCUGGCAUGGCACCCGCGAGCGGAGUUUCUCGGCGCAGGAAGGCAAGGCGGUCGCCUGCAAAUCGUUGACCCCAGAACCCGGGACGUCGUCACCGAGUGGCGGGCGCACCGUGGUCCUGUCGAGAAGCUGCAGUUCAUCGGAAAUAACGUUUGCGCGACUUCCUCCUCGACGGAAAUGCACGUUCGCUUCUGGGACCUGCGCAUCCUUCCCUCUUCUUCUUCUUCUUCUUUUUCGUCUCCUUCUUUUUCUGCUUCCUCUUCUUUUCUUUCCUCCGCGGUCGGCCGUUCGUGGAACGAGCGCCUGCUGCGCGCGGUGAAGGCCGACAGCGGCGUCUCGGCAUUCUGCGUCUCUCCGGACGAAGAACUCUUCGCGCUCGCCACUCUCGCCGGCGAAAUUCAAGUGAUGACGUCGCCAAUCGGCGUGGAGCCUAUAGAGCAGCUGCUGCUUUUUCCUUCCGUGAGCGAACUCGACUGUUUUUCUUCACUCUCCUUCUCCCCCAACAACCGCGGGCUCCUCGUCCAAGGCGAGAGGCAGCACACGCAGCGGAUGCGGGAUGCGACACGUCUGCUCUCUUACCCUUUCUGCGAGCUCCGCGACCUGCAGACUCCCCAGCAGCGCGCCAAGCUGCAAACGUUCGCGUCCUUUUGGCCUGAGUUGCGGCGGUAUCCCGACUAUGCUCCUGCGACCGCGUCCCUCGCGUCGCUCUCGUCUUCUCCCUCGCUUUCGCCGGUCUUUGAUUUGCCCUUCUCCUUCUUCCCGGGGGCUGUGGCUGUGAGUCUGGCAGACAACUUGCUUCCGCUCGCUGCCGCAGCCCCACGGCGGUGCAGGGCGGAGGCGAAGAGCGAAACGCCCGCGCGGAAGAAGGAGCGCGCGUCCUCGGUCGAGACAGUCAAGCGCGACAGAGACGGGGCGGAAGACGGCGAAGAGAUGCCGCGAAGGCCUUCGCGAAGCGCAUGCACGUUCAGCUCCGCGGGCGCCGGCGACUGGGAGGAAGAACACGAGGCGACAGGAGGCAGCUCGCUCUCUUCUCCGCCGUACCUCCUCUACGUCAACGCGAGCGUCUCGCGGCACCCGGUGUCGGCGUCCUCCUCGCGUGCCGCCGCUGCAGAGGCCUCGACGCUGCCAGCCGCAUACAAGACAGAAAACGCGAACAACGCGACGGGAUGCGCAUGCGCGCCUUUCGAGCUGUUCACAGGUUCGGUCGCGCCGUGGGCGGCGAGAGGCGGGGAAGACGAAACAGCGAGACCCGAGAAGGGAGACUCUGGGAAUGUUGUGAACUGCGGGCGAGAAGGCCCCGCGAAAGGGCAGCAGCGUCCCGACGCGGAGACGCAGGCUGCCGACUCUCGGGCUUCACAGAGAGAAGGAAGCUCCUCUUUUCUGCGGGAACCGGACGGCGCACCGAAGGCCUCUGGAACCGCCUCGUCUCUGCAGCUUUGUGUGAAGAGCGAAGGACAGCCUCUCGUAAUCAGCGACAAACUCGGCUGCACUGCAUCGCCUCACGAGCGUGACGGCGUUCAAGACGCAGAGACAUCUGACGAGGAAGAAAGAGAGGGAGAACGAGAGGGAGAAGAAAGAGAGGAGGAGCUGUAUGCGUGGCUCCGAGCGUCUGCCCGCGUUUUCGAGGGCGACAUCGGCGGAGAUCCCAUGUGGACCUGCAGGCGGUUUUCGUGCACUUUCUGGCGAGACAAAGUCGUCGGCGUGGGCGGGCCUCUCCAUCUCGCGGGCGCUAUGAAGCUGUGGGAUGCUGCGACGGGUUUCCUGGACAGUUGCUCCAUUUCCGCGUCGAGCCAACAAAUCGUGCGCAGCGUCGCCAGCCACCCGCUGGGCGGCCCGCUCGUCCUCUCCGCGGGGCGGCGGAGCCCCUCGCGGCGGGCCUGCGUCACGCUCUGGGGUUACUUCACCGUCGACCAGCUCGCGAGCUUUGAAAUGAUUUGA